GGCAUUUUCGAGAAUAUAUUUUCCCGGGUGCGUAUAUCUAUACGGAUAACCGGGACGAUGUUCUUUCAAAGCAAAUCUCGUGAUUUGAGAUUCUCAUGUCACAUUACCACGUUAACAGCUCGCAACUCGCGUACAGCUUAUUACGUGUGUUAGAAGUAGCACCGGCCACUGUUGACCGUAAGUGUCCCUGAGUACCGCGCGCCAGUCGUUACACUCACCUGGAGACACUUCAACAGGAAGGAAGAGUUCGCAGGACACAAUGGCCGAGAACCUCGACAAGACGGUUCAGAGCGUCGCUGUGUACGAGGCGGAGUUGCAGUCGGUCCUGCCACUGGAUAAUCCCGACGCCAUUGUCGAUCUCGGCGUCACAAACUGCUUCUGCAGCGAAUGGCUGGAGCUGCGUGCUCUAAUCAGCCGUUUCGCGGGGCUCCGACGCCUGCGGUGCGUCGCCUGCGCGAUCGAACCGAGUCAACUGCUCCUGUUGACGCUGGAACGGCUCCCGAACCUCGAGGAACUCGAGCUCUCCCUCGUUCAAGAGGCGGUCGUCGACUCGGAGAUCAGCAAAGUGCGCGGGACAGCGUCUCAAAAGCAGGGCGUCGCCCUAGCCCAAAGCCUGCGUCGCCUGUACGUCGAGGUCGGCGGCGACCGCAACUUCGAGCUCCUCCGGGAGCUUCUCAACUUCUACUUGAACCUGACCGAACUACACGUCCACCUCGUGAGGGGAUCCUUCCCGAAUUCUCUGUCGCAGUGUCGCCGCCUUCGGGAAGAACUCGUCAAACUGGAAAGGUUCGCGUUCACCUCCGAACUGCCGGUUUCCGUUCCGUUUCCGAACGAGAUGGAUCCACCGUCGGCGUUCGCGAACCGCGCGAGCAUCUGCGGCAACGUACGUCACAGGAGGUCGGACGACUGGUGGAGCUGCGUCGAACUAAAUCACCUCGCGUACGGUUCGUGUCGAGCGCUAACUCUUCCGUCGCAGCUUGCCGUGGUUGCCGUUUCAGCCGCGGACGAUACGCUGGCGGAAAGCUUCCGUCUCGCGGGUCGCCGAAACGUCUGGGUGCACGUCCGCCAACUCUGUCUCCUGAUGCUCCCGCCAGUGGCCUCCAUCGAAUUCUACCCGACGACAGCCGCCGCUUCCCGCGGCUGUCUUGGCCAGUUCUUCUCCGUCGCCCUAGAGCACGUCGUCGAGCUGAACCUGAACUCGUUCCACUUUCGGUCCGACCUCGACCUGAUAAAACUGCUACCGAAAGGGACCCUCAGACGCCUGCAGGCGCUCUCUGCACCGCCCUGUGGGUUUCCAAGCCAGUCCGCCGUACGCCGUCUGCCAACGAGGUGCCCCAACCUUCGAGAACUGGACGUGCGGAUCGACACGCGAGGGGGACAGUUCCGGUGCGGUUCCUGCGAGCUUCUCCAACUCAACGCCAUACCUUCUAAAGCCAGGGUCCCCUCGGUAGUUCAUAGUGGUAUUGCCAGGCUGACAGUCUGUCACGUGCCCGCGCAUGUACUGCUGUGGUACGCCAAGUGCUGCCCAGCGGCGGUAACGGUGCGACUGGCCGACUGGCCCGGUGAUGCCGGCGGACUGAAGUACGACUUUCUGGCACCCCUUACCGGAGGGAACAGCCCCGUCCGUUGCCUCGUUCUUCGGCAUAAAUACCUGCCGAUCAGGGAUCCGCACCUGCAGGUGAGUCCCUUAGCCCGCCUGACCAACCUUCAGCACCUGUGCCUUCUGACGUCGGCGAGAGUCACGUACGCCGGGGCGUGGAAGUUCGUGCUGGACGUCACCGCCAGAAUGCGUCAGCUGAAAUGCCUGCACCUGCACUACGUGUGCGACACCGAGCGGCGAGUCACGUGGGUGCGAGGACGGCAAUAUGGCGGCGCCCCGUUUCGAGACAGUCCCUGCUUUGCGUGUUGCUCGACGGCCACGUUCAUUGGACUCGUCAAGCCGGUUAACCGCGACUGCGAAACGGUGCCGCCGCCAUAAGCGGAAUCAAGGCGGACGGAUGCCGUUAUACCCGAGGUCCUGAGGAGGCGACUUACUGUAUAUAGUGACAAGUGUUCUAAUAAAUAGUUCAGCGGGUUCGGGAUGUUCAGCUAUAUUUAAGGCGACAGC